AAAUUACCACAUUACAACUACAUCGUUGGCAGCAUGGCAUCGAUGGUUGGAUACAUGUCUGAAGGAAUCGAAGCAAUUUCAUUUCCAUUGAUGAAUGUCUUGCCGGAAUUAUUUCGCGAAUUGUAUGAUCUAAUGAUGAAUCGUAAAUUGAACGAAGCCAUAAUUGUUCACAAAAAAUUGUAUAAACGUAUUUGGGAAUUGUUGCAAGUCGAUUCGGAUCUGCGAGUUAAUAUUGAUAUGAUGUUGAUAUUGCGUCGUGAACUGGAGAAAAUUGAACCAACAAUUAAAUUGGGCCCAAUGCGCAGGCCACACUUGAGCAUGAAUCAUUGGUUGUUGUAAUCAAUUGAAUACAUCAAACAAACCGGCGGGACCCAUACAUCUGCUAAUGGUGUAUGGAAUAGAUUAAAAGUGUAAAAAUGUAAAAAAAAGAAUCAAACGUAGUUGAGAUGUAGAAAAAGCCUUUUUAUGUCUGAAUAAAUGCAAUUGAAUCCGC